ACUUUUAAAUAGAAUGUGCCCUGAGUUGUUGCUGAGGCUGAGAACUAAUGGUUCCCGUGGGAAGCCCUUGAAGAACAGGCAGGGAAGGGAUUAGGAAUUCCCGACUCAGCCUUCUUUAUGGUUCUUUUGUUUCAGUGCAUUGCCUUUCCUAGAGGACUGAGCCUCACUGACUUGUGACUUGAACCCAGGUGGUGAGACAUGGGAUGUAGUCUUGUAUGUUGGUUGAUGGUGCCCCCUCCUCCAAUCUGUUACACUCCCAGAGUAGGAGAUGACCUUAGGUAAUCAUGAACACAGGUAUGAAAGACUGAUCUAAGGAUGAAGUUGGUCCUUAGCUGGUAUAAUUUUUCCUUUCAGGCUCCUGUGGCAUUUGAUGACAAUUUGUACUUGCUUCAGGAGGAAUGGAUGCUGCUGAGUCAGCAGCAGAAGGAGACCUGUGGUUCUGACAGGCUGGUGGCACCCCUGGGACCAACUAUUGCCAACCCAGAGCUGUUCUGUAAGUUUGAGCAAGGGUCAGAACCAUGGCAAGGCAAUGUCCAGGGCCAGAGGCAUCUCCUGAGCCACCACCCAGGAAAAAACAAGAUGGGCUGCAUGGAGGAAGUGGACGUGCAUGGGCCAGCCAGAGAAGCUGGACCGGACCUCCCCCCUCAGACGAAAGCCUGUCUUUCCCAUUUCAGAGCAGAGAGUGGCACCAUCAGGGAAAGCUGUGCAGGAAAAUGCAAAAAGCCCUUGAAACCCCGAUCCAUCCAGAAGUCUUGGUUUGCACAGUUCCCGUGGCUGGUCAUGAAUGAGGAGAAGACGGCUCUCUUUUGUUCCGCUUGCCGAGAACACCCCUCCGCCAAAGACAGACGGUCCCGACUGAUAGAAGGCUACACAGGACCGUUCAAGGUGGAGACUCUCAAAUAUCAUGCCAAGAGCAACGCUCACCUGUUCUGCAUCAGUGCUUUGGCAACCCAGGACCCCAUCUGGGCAGCCCGUUUCCGGAACAUCCGAGAUGCCAGCCCAGAUUAUCCCAUUCUGCAGCCCCCGGCGCCUCUGGGAGCCUAUGGUGGUACGGCCCAGCUCCUGCCCAGCUCUCGAGCUGAACGGGAGGAGCCUGUGGGGAAUGGGGCACUUCCUGCAUUGUAUGUAGAGUGCAUUUCCCAUGUGAGGCAUAAAGAUACCGCCAGUGACGUCAGCAGCUCCUCAAACACUAACAUUGUUCGUAAUGACUCUGCUGAAUCCUGCGGCCAGGAGCUCCCGCUGGUGUUUGAGGAGGUGGCAGUGUAUUUCACGCGGGAGGAGUGGGGCGUGCUAGGCCAGCCGCAGAAGGAGCUGUACAGAGACGUGAUGCGGGUGAAUUAUGAGCUGCUGGCCUCCCUGGGGCCUGUGGCUACCAAACCAGACUUGAUAUCAAAACUGGAGCAUAGAGCUGCACCCUGGAUCAAGGAUCCAAAGGGGGCGAAGUGGGGGAAAGGUCGUUUUCCAGGGAAAAAGAAGAUGGUGGCUGCCGGAGAGGCAGACACGCAGGCCUCGGCUGUGGAAUCUGCGUUGCUUCUAGCUCCUCCUGUGGAGACAUGUGCCUCCUACUGCAGGUCCAGCCUUUGUGACGUGGAAGCAGAUGGGCCUAGGAAAAUCAAGAGGAUUUACAGACCCCGCUCCAUUCAGAGGUCGUGGUUUGGGCAGUUCCCAUGGUUAGUCAUUGACUCAGAAGAGACCAAGCUCUUCUGCUCAGCUUGCAAAGAAAAACCGCAUCUCCACGACAGGUCAUCGCGGUUAGUCCAAGGCUACACGGGGCCAUUCAAAGUGGAGACUUUAAAAUACCAUGAAGUCAGCAAAGCACACAAGCUCUGCGUCAACACUGUUAAAAUCCAGGAGGACACCCCUCAGGCUGCCCUAGUCCCAGAGAUCUCCAGUGACCUGAUGGCCAACAUGGAGCACUUCUUCAAUGCGGCCUACUCCAUCGCCUACCACUCGAGGCCACUGAAUGACUUUGAGAAGACCCUGCAGCUCCUCCAAAGCACAGGGACCAUGAUUUUGAGCAAGUACCGGAACCGCACUGCGUGCACCCAGUUCAUCAGAUACAUCUCUGAGACUCUGAGGAAGGGGGUCCUCGAGGACGUCCGGAACUCCCUCUGCAUGAGCAUGCUGUUGGACAGCUCCACCAACACCCCAGACCAGGCCUGUGUGGCCAUUUACAUCCGCUACUUGAAGGGGGCAGAGGUGAAAGAGUCUUACAUCACGCUGGCCCCGCUCUACAGUGAGACGGUGGAUGGGUGCUUCGAGUCCAUUGUCUCUGCACUGGAUGAGCUGGACGUCCCCUUCCGGAAGCCUGGUUGGGUCGUGGGUCUGGGAACCGAUGGCUCAGCCAUGCUGGGCCACAGCGGGGGCCUUGUGGGAAAGUUCCAGGAGAUCAUCCCUCCGCUGCUGCCUGUCCACUGUGUGGCCCACCGGCUGCCCCUGGCUGUGGUGGAUGCCUGCGCAGGCAUUGAUCUGGUGAAGAAGUGUGACCGGCACAUCCGAACCGUCUUCAAGUUUUACCAGUCCUCGAACAAAAGGCUAGCAGAGCUGCAGCAAGGCGCUACGGCACUGCAGCAGGAAAUCACCCGCCUCAAGGACUUGAAUGCAGUCAAGUGGGUGGCCAGUAGGAGGCGCACACUGACUGUGCUCAUCUCGAGCUGGCCUGCCCUGGCUCGGCACCUCCAGAGUGUGGCAGAGGCUGGGGGCCAGAUUGGGCACAGGGCCAAAGGCAUGCUGAAGCUCACGAAGAACUUCCAUUUCAUCAGGUUCUGCCACUUCCUGCUGGACUUCCUGAGCAUUUACAGGCCGUUGUCGGAGGUGUGCCGGAAAGAAGUGGUGUUGAUUACGGAGGUGAACUCCACGCUGAGAAGGGCCUAUGUCGCUCUGGAGACCCUCCGUCACCGGGCGGGGCUCAAAGAGGAAGAGUUCAAUGCCAGCUUCCAGGAUGGGCAGCUGCAUGGCAUUUCCUUAGACAGAAUGGAGGUGGCAGAGCAGCGUUUCCAGGCAGACAGGGAGAGAGUGAUCCUGACAGGGACUGAGUACCUCCAGCAGAGGUUUGACACACACCGUCCCCCACAACUCAAAAACAUGGAGGUGUUUGACACCAUGAGCUGGCCAAGUGGCACUGAACUGGCCAGUUUUGGGAACGAUGAUAUCCUUGCCCUUGCCAGGUACUUUGAGCUCUCAAUGCCCCCAGGGUACAGCGAGCAAGCCCUCCUGGAGGAGUGGCUGGGCCUGAAAGCCACGGCCAGGAACCUGCCGCUCUCCAUGCUGUGUAAGAGUGCCCUGGCCCAGCACUGCCGCUUCCCCUUGCUGAGCAGGCUGGUGGCAGCGGUGGUCUGUGUGCCCGUCUCCACCUCCUGCUGUGAGCGUGGAUUCAGUGCCAUGAACCGGAUCAGGACCGAAGAGAGGACCAAGCUAUCCAAUGAGGUGAUCAACAUGCUCAUGAUGACAGCAGUGAAUGGUGUGGCAGUCACCCAGUAUGACCCGCAGCCCGCCAUCCAGCACUGGUACCUAACCUCCUCAGGCCGGCGCUUCAGCCACGUCUACGCCUGUGCCCCGGUGCCACCCCAUUCCUAUGCAAGGGCGGUGCCCGGGAUGGAGAAGAUGGGAGCACGCCAUGUGGAGGAGGCCGUGACCCAGAAGCCGCCCAUCCAUCCUACGGGAACGGGUGGAGAUCCUGACGACUGCCUCAUGGACCCUCCUGACAGGCUCCUGUACCCCCACACCAGCCAGGAGGCCCCUGUGCUGUCCUGAUACAGGCUCUGCAGGAGCAGGAAUCCUAGGAUUGCCUUGGAGACCCUUACCCUGCCCCUUGUGGUCAUGCUGACAGGCUCUGUGCCCUAGAAUCUUCCUUUGGUAGGGACUCUAAGAACAGGAAGUGGGCAGUGACAAGGUAGUUACACCCACAUGCCAGAGAGGCAGGGCCAUCAGGGGGUGCAGAACUUGUUCACCUCUAAAUGGAGCAGGGGCAGCACUGACAUAUGCACUCUUAUCUCAAGUUCAUGUUUAAGGUGCUUCAGGAAAUAAUCCCAUUGCGAAAGAUUUCACCCCAUAUGCUAGUGGCAAGAGGAUUUUUCUGAAGUGGGAGAGACUACUGGGGGUAGGAACUUAAAGGAGCACCCCAGCCCCCUGGAACGUUGGGGAGCAUUCCAGUGGGGCUGUCCACGGCCUCGGUGGCCUGGGGAAGACACUGGGUGAGGGGCAGAGGAUGACCAGGCUCCAGGCUCAGCUGGCCAGGGUCUGGGAUGUCACCCUGGCUCUAUGACAAGCAGGUACAGCCUGAUUUCAAAGUGGGAAACUCAUCAGAGAAUCUCUCUACCUCCUCCUAGGACCGCCCUUUAGGGUGAGACAAGCAGAGCCCUUUGCACAGAGCGCUCCAGAGAGCUUCUCCUGCGGCUCCAGGCCAGGCGAGAGAAGCAUCUCCCUGGAGCGAGCCAAGCCCAUGCGUCCCACCCAGUCCCACAGUUGCGGCCCUUGUGUUUGACCUGCAUCAUGCUGGGGUGCCUUCCUAAGCAGCAAACUGGACCAAGUUGCCCUCAGGAGGCUGGGAUCCGGUCCCUGCUCUACUACAGGCAGUAGUUCAGCCAUGAUUAAUCAUUCCUCUGUGCUGUGCCUCAGUUCCCCCCUCCAUUAAGUAGCAGAGAGUCCAUGUGCCUGCUGGUUCCCAGCCUGACACAGAACUGGCACGUGACAGUGCAUCCACCUACCUGCAAGACAGGCCUCGGACCGCACAGAGGGGACUCUUCAUUGUCAUCCUCUGUCCCGUCACCCAUGUCUUUACUGUGGGAAGAGGUGCUCCUAAGAUGUGCCAUCGGCAGGAUGGUCUAGUCCCGUGGUCGGCAAACUGCGGCUCGUGAGCCACAUGCGGCUCUUUGG